CACUUGUCAGAUUUAUGUCAGUUUAAGGAAACAUUUCCAGUUGGAUUACUCUAAAAUAAAGCGCAGCUUUCAGGCUCCUUUUAAAUCUCAUGUCCUUACAUCAAGUCAGAAUUCAAACGAAAGUCAGCUUAUUUUCUCGCAGGUUUCGCUUUCAGAAACUACGCAAUGUAGAAUUCAGACUAAUUCACAGCUCUCAACCCCUGGGGUGUCGGUAAACCAACUUAAACUACCAGCCUUUGCGAGGAGACGUAAACUACCUCAAGGAAAUAAGAAGAAAUCAAAACGAGAUAAUAAAAACAACAAUUCAUUAACAUUUAGCCAACAAGGUGUUUUUCUGCAGCACAAAACCAACAUGUCCUCUGCUAGAACCGAAGAUUCAGCCUGUUUGGGUGCUAAUAAAAUGGAAAAUGAAAAACGGAAAUCCAAAUCAAGUGCUAGAAGUCUGCUAGCCAAGUCCAGACAAAAAAUGAACACAACAAAAUCGAUGCAUUCCAAUAUUCACGACGAUGUUACCAAAGUAUUGAACGCUGCGGCAAAAUCUGCGACUCCAAAACGUAAUAAGUACGUACUUUUUAGGAAAAGACACAAAUUUUCGUUUCAAAAAACACCAGAAAGGCGACCAAAGAGGUUUAAUGUUGGGCAUCCAGAAAAGGUGCCUGAUAUUUCAGACAGCAAUGGUAACAGACAUGAUCAUAAACAGUGUCGAACACCAACCACGAAGACCAGUCUUAACACAACCACACCGCCAUCUAAACGAAAACUGCUUUCCAUGCAGCAAUAUUUUAUGGGAGUAGAUGAAGAAAAACAGAGAAGUGUCUCGUCUGCACAUGAAGAAAGCAUCACUGGUGCAGUUUCCAACACAUCAUGCAAUCUUUUUCCUCAAAGAAAAUACAGAUCUACGUCGUCUGAUAUGGUCUACGACUUCCCUGCCUCUCCUUCGAAGUAUCCCGCAACGAGAAAGAAUGAUAGAAAGAUUCUCCAAAAAAUGAUUUUGAGUAAAGAGUUCGUACAAGAAAUAGAAGAUGCUGCACUAAAGUAGAUUACUGUUAAAUGAAUUGUGAUGAUUCCUCUGCUAAUUGCAGGCAUAUUGCAGUUUGUUUGGGCAAUCUCCUUUCUUUUUAUUAAAUUACAACACAAAGUCAUAUUGUCUGCGACAAAAUCACAAAUAUUAUACGAUAAAUAGUGCUAAAAUUAGUUUUGAUUAUAUGGAAAAUAAUUCUGAUGUUCAGUUACACAUGCUUAGUGAAUAUUAAUGAUUUUGAGAGUUUCAUUCAUUCUGUGCUGUGAGAUGAUGUAUCUGUUUUAUAUACAUGUAAUUCGAUAUUUACUGUUUUGUUUAUUUACUUGUGUUGUUCAUGACAUAUUUAUUGGAGCUGGUUGGUAUAUUACAAAAUACUUCUCCCUGUAUUAUAAUUUUUGUAAUAAAUAUUUUAUUUUUGUUUAAAUUUGUAAUAUAAUUAACGAAUUUGAAUUUUCUGUUAAUUUAAUUUCUCCAAUAAAGUUUCUU